CAUAACAAGCCGCAUCCCUUCUUCUCCUGUCAAACAGUCAAUGUUCCUCUCUUUUUGUUGACAUGUUGCCGGCUACGGCUUCUAGUUCUCGUGAUAAUGAUGGAAGAGAAGAAAGCGAUGCACUGGGCCCUGCUGAAACAGCAGGAGGUAUUCUCGGGAGUCUCCACCAGUUACACGGCUUCCUGCGUUCCCGGGAGCCCGGCCUGGUGUGUGAGGCGGCCCACGGUGUCCUGCGCAAAGUUGGAGAGGAGUGUGUGGUGGCCUCGCAAGGAAGCAGCGAUCUUGCAUUGAAAACAUCCCUCAUUUUUUCUAAAGAGAUCGGCCUGCUUGUGUUUAUAAAUAAAUCUAUCAACAUAGAUGAAUUUAGAGAUUGUCGGGAGGAAUGCCUAAAAUUUCUAUGCACUUUUCUUGAAAAAAUUGGUCUGAAUGUCCAACCUUAUGCUGUAGAUUUAAAGAUUUUAUGUAUUGCUGCUUACACAAAAGAAAAGGCUGCAAAGUGUAAGGUCCCUGCUUUGGAGCUGCUUAUUAAGUUACUUCUGCUUAUGAAGAACUCCUACACAAUUGAAGAAUUUAAAGUCUGUGACAUUUUCAAUAAAUUCUAUGGGGAAUUGGCUUCAAAAAGUAAAAUCUCUGACACAGUGCUGGAAAAAAUCUAUGAGCUUCUUGGAGUUCUGGGAGAAGUACAACCUGGUGACAUGCUUAACAAUUCUGAAAAACUCUUCAGAGCUUAUCUAGGAGAGCUGAAAACACAGAUGACCUCAUCAACUAGAGAACCUAAAUUUCCGGUAGUAGCUGGAUGUCUGAAGGGUUUAUCUGCUCUCUUAGUUAAUUUUACUAAAUCUGUAGAAGAAGAUGCUAAAACAUCCAAAGAGAUCUUUGACUUUACAGUGAAGGCAAUAAACCCUCAGGUCGAUCUCAAGAGAUAUGCAGUUCCUUCAGCUGGUUUACAAUUGCUGUCCUUACACGCCUCUCAGUUUAGUACUUAUCUCACGGACAACUACCGCUCUGUUUUUGAUAUAUUGUCCAAAUGGUCUGGCCACACAAAUCCUGAUAUGAAAAAACUUGGAUUUUCUGCCUUGGACUCCUUCCUUAAACAGAUUGCUAUGCUUGUUACCAAUGAUGCAGAAGCCCACAAAAGCAAGCUUCAGUUCUUUAUGAAGCAGUUCUAUGAUAUAAUUCGGAAAAUGGAAUCCAACAACAAAGAAUUGUCAAUUGCUAUACGAGGAUAUGGACUUUUUGCAGCGCCCUGUAAAGCAGUGAAUGCGAACAACGUUGAUUUAAUGUAUAUUGAGCUUAUUCAACGCUGCAAGCAAAUGUACCUUACAGAAGCUGAUACUGAAGAGGACAAUGUUUAUCAGUUACCUAACUUUCUCCAAUCUAUUGCAAGUGUGAUACUUCAUUUGGACUCUAUACCUGAGGUGUACACUCCCGUACUUGAGCGCCUUUUGGUUGUGCAAAUUGACAGUUUUUCACAAUACAGUCCGAAAAUGCAGUCUUCCUGCUACAAAUCAAUCCUUAAAGUGUUUUUAUCUCUAGCAGGGAAAGGCCCUGUUCUUUGGAGUGUGAUUAGCACUGUGGUGCAUCAAGGAUUAAUCAGAGUCUGCUCCAAGCCACUUGCAUUUACAAGGGAAGGGUAUAACAGAGAAGGCAAUGAAUCUGCUCCUGCAGGAGAGGUCAGGUCAGGAAAAUGGAAGGUUCCCUCUUAUAAGGACUAUGUUGAACUCUUCAGAAGUUUACUCAACUGUGACCAAAUAAAGGAAUCCAUAUUUUCAGAUGAAACCUUUUCAACGGUAAAUCCACCUUUACAGUCUCUGAACAGAUUGCUUUAUGAUGAGCUUAUCAAAUCUGUUCUGAAGAUCGUUGACAAAUUGGACCUGUCACUCCAGAAACAAGAUGCUAGUCUUGAGGGUGAUUCGGAUAUAAGCAGUUCAUUGCUCAUUGCUACCUCUGAUCCAGCAGCCAAUCUUUAUCCUACAAAGCCAAAAGAUUUUACUGCUUUUGUGAACCUAGUAGAUUUUUGCAGUGAAAUAUUACCAAACAAACAUUUGGAAUACUUUGAACCAUGGGUCUAUGUUUUUGGUUAUGAGAUUGUGCUACAAUCAACUCGUCUGCCGUUGAUCAGUGGGUUUUACAAGCUGUUAUCCAUUGUUAUGAAAAAUGCAAAUAAACUGAGAUAUUUUGGGGGUGCAAGUCCAAAAAGUUUUAAAAAAAUUCAAGAAGAUCCAGAAAAGUUUUCCUGCUUUGCACUCUUUUCAAAAUUUGGUAAAGAGGUAUCCGCAAAAAUGAAGCAGUUUAAGGAUGAGUUGCUGGCAUCUUGUUUGACUUUCGUCUUGUCUUUACCUCAUGAUAUUGUCAUGCUGGAUAUGAAAGCCUAUGUUCCAGCAUUGCAGACUGCUUUUAAGCUGGGAUUGAGUUGCCCAUCUCUUGCUGAUGCUGGCCUAGAUGCUCUUGAGGACUGGUCUACUCAUAUACCAUUUCACAUUAUGCAACCUUAUUAUAAGGACGUCCUUCCAUCGCUAGAUGGUUAUUUAACAAACUUUUCAUCUACAGAUGACUUGAAUACUAUGGAAAUUGCUCGUCUUUCUCGUGCAUCCCAGAAAGGAUUCAAUAAAUACUUGAUCAGGCAAAUAAAGAGGGCCAACAUCCUCUCAGUGAAGGAAGAAUCAUCUUUGGAAGCAGUUAGAAGUAGAGUAGUAAGAAUACUUGGAUCCCUUGGAGGACAGAUUAAUCGUAGCUUGGUGUCAGCUGCAUCAGCAGAAGAAAUGAUAAAGAAUCAUGUUUCAUGGGACACAGAAAAGAGAUUGAAUUUCGCAGUACCAUUUGCAGACCUGAAGCCCACCAUCUACUUGGAUACAUUCCUACCUCAUGUCACAGAACUUGCACUUUCUGCAAGUGACAGGCAAACAAAAGUUGCAGCCUGCGAGCUCUUGCAUAGUAUGGUUGCUUUUAUGUUGGGCAAAGCUUCUCAAAUGCCUGAAGGAAAAACUGGACCACCUCCUAUGUAUAAACUAUACAAACGAACAUUUCCAGUAUUGCUUCAGUUGGCAUGUGAUGUAGAUCAGGUAACAAGGCAACUUUAUGAACCUCUUGUUAUGGGUAUGAUCCAUUGGUUCACAAGUAACAAAAAAUAUGAAAGUCAAGAUACUGUUGCUUUGCUAGAAGCUAUUUUGGAUGGAAUUGUGGAUCCUGUUGACAGCACUCUUCGUGACUUCUCUGGACAGUGUAUUCGAGAAUUUCUGAAGUGGUCCAUAAAGCAGACAACCCCGCAACAACAAGAGAAGAGUCCUGUGAACACACUAUCACUAUUCAAACGGCUUUAUAGCCUGGCUCUCCAUCCUAAUGCUUUUAAAAGACUGGGCUCUGCACUUGCGUUUAACAGCAUCUAUAGAGAAUUUAGAGAAGAGACUGCUUUGGUUGACAAUUUUGUGUUUGAAGUUUUGGUUGUGUACAUGGAAAGUUUGGCACUUUCUCAUGCAGAUGAAAAAUCCUUAGGUACAAUUCAGCAGUGCAAUGAUGUCAUAAAUCAUCUGAAACGCAUUAUCCAGAAAUCAGCCUCUCUUAACAAGAAAGUUGCACGCCGCAUUCCAAGAGGAUUUCCACAAAGUAAACCAAUUUGCCUACUGGAUGUUAUCUUUUGGCUGUUAAAACAAUGUGGACGACCUCAAACAGAAUGCAGACACAUGGCAAUGCAGCUUGUCUUUGAAUUUGUUCCAUUAUUACCAGCUUCUUCAUCACUGUCUACAUGGCUGAAUGAUUUAAUUAAAAAAGAAGGCAUUGCUUUCCUAAUUAAUAUGUUUGAAGGGGCUGGUAGUGGUGAUGCAAAAUGUUCUGGAAUUUUACAUAUUCCAACACUUCAUGAUCUUCAUGAGCCUUUCAGUUUACGUGCUGUGGUGCAGUGGAUGGACAUGCUGCUUGCAGCUCUAGACUGUUACAAUACUUUCAUUGGCAUGCGGGCCAUCAAACCACAUGUUUUAUUAGAUUCAGCUGUGCAGUCAUCAUUACUUAAAGCUUCACAUUUUUUCAUCAAACAACUUUCUAUGGAGGAUAUCAUUGCUGCACAAAACUGUUUUACAACUGGCUCAAAAACACAAAUAUUCAGUCCUUGUGAAAGAGAAGAGUACAACUUCAAUAAGUGCACAAUUAUUGUAAGGGUUAUGGAAUUUGUCACCAUGAUACUGGAUACAUGCCAACAAGAUUUCUUAAAAGUUCUUGAAAAUGACUUGCUUAAUGACACAAUGUGGAAUCUUACUGCAGCUACAGUGUGUAACCCAUCCAGCAUUGGCUUUAACAUAGCAGAUGUUCAAGUGAUGAAAAAUCUCCCUGAUGUUUGCAUACUUUUAAUGAAAGCUGUAUUAAAAUCACCAUACAAAAAAGGACUGGAGGUUUACUUCAAGAAAAACUUAACAAUGCAAAGCAUCGAGGAGCUAUGCACUGUUGAUUUAUAUAAUACAGAUGUCCGGCAUGAUUAUAUUAAGCUGAGUUCUAUUCUCUCUGCUUGCAAACAACUUUACAAGGCAGAAUUACUUCAUUCAGUCAUACAGACACAGAUUUCAGGUUCCCAUUUUAAUACUGGCACAAGACUGCUGUCGGUUGUUUACAAAGGGAUAGCUCCUGGUGAGGAAAGAAAGUCUCUGCCAUCAUUAGGCAUCAGCAGUAAGCGUCUUGCUGAUCAAAUUCUACAACUUUCUUUCAGUUUUGGUGGACAGUGUGAAGAACUUGUGAGCCUCCUGCUCAAUAGUGUGGUCUUGUCUGUACCCUUGUCUGGAACAUCGCAGAGAAAUUUCAUCAAUUUCUCUCAUGGAGAAUAUUUCUACAGUUUGUUUUCUGAAACAAUAAACACAGAACUGUUGAACAACUUGGACAAGGUUGUAUUGCAGCUGCUAAAAUCAGCAACGGAGAAUCCUAAAAUGGUGAGCUGUGUUCUAAAUGGUAUGUUGGAUCAAAGUUUUAAACAGCGUACUGUUCGAAAGCAACAAGGCAUUAAGUUGGUAAAUGCUAUACUUCAAAACUGGAUGAGACUUGAGAGCUGGUGGACAGAAGACUCCUCUCCAGAAAGCAAAAUGGCAGUUCUAACCCUGCUUGCUAAAGUUCUACAGGUUGAUUCUUCUGUAUCAUUUGAUGCAAGUCAUCCUGCUUUUGGUGAGGUUUUUAAUACUUACAUGAGCAUUCUGAAGGAUCAAAAACUUGGACUGAAUUUGAAAAGUCAAGCAGUUCUUAUUCUUCCUUUUUUCACCAAUCUCACGGACGAACACCUUAAUAAGCUAAAAAAUGCUCUUGACGAGUUUGUAGCAUUUAAUAUCCCUAUUAGGGCAGAUGAAUUUUACAAAGGCACUUUAAAAUACAAUAACUACGUGGACUGUAUGAAAAAGUUUCUAGAUGCACUUGAAUUGUCCCAGAGUUCUAUGCUCUUACAAUUAAUGGCUGAAAUUCUUUGUCGGGACAGUGAACAUUUCAUGGAAACACUGUUUCAAAGCACCUUUAAAAAGCUAGCUCAAAGGAGUAGCUUUGAUAAGCAAUUAGCCUUUUUGGAUACAGUGCACAGCAUGUUCAAGAGUGAGGAUCUGCUUUCAAAUAUAACACGCCAGUCUAUUGUUGAUCGUUGCCUUCUGACACUCAUGUGGAACUGUAGCUUAGAUACUUUAAAGCAAUUCUUAAGUCAAACUAUUACUCAUAUAAUGGAUACAAUCAAGAGUCGAUUCACCAAGGCUCCAGAAGCAUCAUUUGAUACACAGAUUACAAAGAAACUGUGUUAUUACAAAGUUCUUGAACUGCUCUACUCUCGCCUGUCGAAAGAUGACAUUUAUUCCAAAGUGUCAAGAAUAAACCAAGCAUUUAUUGGAUCCUCAAAUGCAGAAGGCAAUGAACUAACUAAGACUUUAAUAAAGUCUUGCUAUGAUGCAUUUACUGAGAACAUGUCAGGGGAAACCCAGCUACUGGAGAAGAGGCGACGGUAUCAUUGCGCUGCAUAUAACUGUGCUAUAGCAGUUGUGAGCUGUGUAUUUUCGGAAUGUAAAUUCUAUCAGGGAUUUCUUUUCACAGAGAAGAAAGAAAAGAACCUGCUGAUAUUUGAAAAUUUAAUAGACUUGCAACGGAAUUAUUCUUUUCCUAUUGAAGUUGAGGUGCCUCUUGAGAGGAAAAGGAAAUAUUUUGCAAUACGUAAGGAGGCAAGAGAAGCUGCAAAUGUUGAUUCAGAUGAACCCCAGUACUUAUCAUCCCAGUCCUACAUGUCCGAUAGCAGCUUAAGUGAAGAGAUGAGCCAGUUUGACUUCUCAACUGGUGUCCAGAGCUUUUCUUACAGUUCACAGACAAUGUCACACUCUCAUGGUCGCAGCAAAAGAAUGGAGCAUAUGCCUGAAGCUCAACUACUAGAUGAAAUGAUAGAGUUUGAAAUGGAUGAGCUUAAUCAACACGAAUGCAUGACCGCAAUGACUGGCCUAAUAAAACACAUGCAGAGGAAUGAAAUUACCCCCAAAGUAGAAGAGGGUGUGACUCCACAAGACAUCCCACCUUGGAUGAAGUUUCUACAUGAAAAGUUGGGGAAUCCUUCCACACCACUUAACAUCCGACUUUUCAUUUCAAAGCUUAUUGUUAAUGCAGAAGAAGUUUUUCGUCCAUAUGCAAGGUUUUGGAUUGGCCCCAUUUUACAGCUGGUUGUGUCUGGAAAUAAUGGUGGCAAAGGAAUACAUUACAUGGUUGUGGAGACUGUAGUGACCCUUCUUUCCUGGUCAAGCAUUGCUACACCGACUGGACUUGCAAAAGAUGAAAUCCUAGCUAAUCGACUGCUUGAAUUUCUGAUGACACAUGCAUUUCAUGAAAAAAGAGCUGUAUAUCGGCACAACCUUGAAAUUAUUAAAACCCUCCUUGAAUGCUGGAAGGAAUGUCUUUCGAUUCCAUACAGGAUAAUAUUCAAUGGUUUUUCUGGUACAGAUCCUAACACAAAAGACAACUCUGUAGGAAUUCAGUUAUUGGGGUUAAUUCUGGCCAAUAAUUUUUCUCCGUAUGACCCAAAAUGUGGUAUUGACAAUGACAGGUACUUUCUAGCGUUAACCCAUAAUCUCGGAUUUGUAAGAUUCAAGGAAGUUUACAUUGCAGCUGCUGAAGUCCUGGGACUCGUUCUGAGAUACAUUGCUGAAAAAGAAAAGGCAUCAGAUGGUGCAGUGUUUGGAUACGUAGUAAAGGAACUAAAACGGCAUCAAAGCACUAAUAAAGAAGACAAAUUUAUUAUGUGUUUGAACAAAAUAGUGAAGAACUAUCCACCAUUUGCAGACAGGUUUAUGACUGUUGUUCUCUUCUUAAUGCCUAAACUUCAUGGAAUUCUUAAAACCCAGUGCCUGGAAAUAAUAAUGUAUAGAGCUGAGGACAUACCUGACCUAUUUGUUGAGUUAAAGAAUAAGGAUUUCAAACAGGUCAUGAACAACAGGGAUGAUGAAAGACAACGUGUGUGCUUGGAUAUAAUAUAUAAGAUGCUUUCAAAACUGAAGCCCUCAGAACUGCGUGAAUUUUUGCCAUCAGUGACCUCAUUCAGCACAAAUUCCUUCCCUGUAUGUCGAGAGAGAAUGUACAGUAUUCUCAUGUGGAUCUAUGACAAUUACAGAGAUGAUGAAAGUCAAACUGACAGUGACUCACUAGAAAUAUUCAAUGUGUCUAAAGAAGUGUUGCUUCAAGGAUUGGUGGAUGAAAAUACUGAACUACAGCUUAUCAUAAGAAACUUUUGGGGUGCUGAAACAAGAUUACCAACAGGAACAGUGGAUCGGAUGUUAUCAAUAUUGAGCUCACUGUAUUCCCCAAAGAUAGAAAAAGACUAUUUGAGUCUAGCAACAAACCUGCUUCUUGAAAUGACCAGUAAAAGUCCAGAUUACGUCAGGCAUAUGUUUGAACAUCCACUUUCUGAAUGCAAAUUUCAGGAGUAUAUGGUUGACUCCAACUGGCGCUUCCGCAGUACUGUUCUCACACCAAUGUUUGUUGAAACACAAGCUUCACAAAGUGGCCACAGGUCUAAAACACAAGGAUCUGUGUCAGUUCUGGAAGCAGUUAGUGGUCAGCUACGAGCUACCCAGCAGCACUAUCAGUUUACACCAACACAGAAUAUAGGUGGAAGAAGCUCCUUUAACUGGCUGACGGGAAGCAGCAUCGACACUUUGGCAGAUUACACAGCUGAGACCUCAUCUGAGUCUCUUAGCUCAGCUUUGUUAUUUACAAAGAAGAGUGAAAAAUUACGAAGAGGCUUGUUAAAACCAGUAGGUCCAGAUUUUGGGAAAAAAAGAUUAGGUUUGCCUGGAGAUGAAACAGACGGUAAAACCAAAGGUAUAGAAGAAAGAUCAGAAAUUUUAAGGUUGCGCAGACGUUUUUUGAAGGACCAAGAAAAACUCAGCCUUAUAUAUGCAAGAAAAGGUGUGGCAGAGCAGAAAAGAGAAAAGGCGAUAAAAGUAGAACAGAAAAUGAAACAAGAUGCCCAGGUCGUUUUGUAUAGAAGUUACCGACAUGGAGACUUACCUGAUAUCCAGAUUGCAUACAGCAAUCUAAUUGCACCUUUGCAAGCUCUAGCACAGAGAGACCCAACUCUGGCUAAAAUGCUCUUCAGUAGCCUGUUUUCUGGAAUUCUAGCAGAGAUUGACCAUCACAGAAUAAGAAACAUCGCUAAGAACCUACUUGAACAGUUUAAUGGAUUCCUGAACAAAACUGUGUCUUACUUCCCUCCAUUCAUUGCAUGUAUUCAGGGUAUAUGCUAUGAACACACUGAGCUACUUGAUCUUAAUCCUACAAGUGUUAGCACAAGUUGUUUAGCAAGUCUUCAACAACCACUGGGCAUUCUUCUGCUUGAGCAGGGGUUGCUACAUGUUCUUCCAGGAGAGGAACCCCCAGCAAAAAAGAUGCGUGGAAAGACAGAUCUACCGCCAGAUGUUGUCAGAUGGAUAGAGCUUGCUAAGCUAUAUCGAUCUAUUGGGGACUAUGAUGUUUUACGAGGAAUUUUCAGUGGAAAGAUUGGGACUAAGCAAAUUACUCAAGAUGCGCUAAAUGCUGAGUCAAAAUGUGAUUAUGCCAAAGCAGCUAAAUUAUAUGAUCAAGCUCUUUCACAAAACUUUUUGGAUGGGGAUCCUUCAGAUGCAGAAAAGGAUUUUUGGGAAUUAGCUUCCCUGGAAUGCUACAAUCACCUUACUGAGUGGGCACCCUUAGAGUAUUGUUCAACAGUCAAUAUUGACAACGAUAAACCUCCUGAUCUCCGUAAAAUAUGGAGUGAUUCCUUUUAUCAGGAAACCUACCUUCCAUACUUGAUUCGCAGUAAAAUCAAGAUGUUGCUUCAUGAAGCAAAUGAUCAGUCUUUAUUAACAUUCAUUGAUGAUGCAAUGAAAGUUGAACAGAGAAAGGUCCUGAUUGAAACAUUCUAUAGCCAAGAAAUGAGUCUUCUCUACAUACUGCAAGAUGAUUUUGACAGGGCAAAAUAUUACAUUAGCAAUGGAAUCCAGAUUUUCAUGCAGAACUAUUCAAGUAUCGACUCCUUGCUGCAUCAAAGCAGACUAACAAAACUGCAGUCUGUUCAAGCUCUGACUGAAGUACAAGAUUUUAUAAGUUUUAUAAGCAAAUCAGGUAACUUGUCCUCUCAGUCUUCAUUAAAAAGACUUUUCUCUACUUGGACUAGUAGAUAUCCAGAUGAUAAAAUUGAUCCUAUGAAUAUCUGGGAUGACAUCAUCACAAACAGGUGUUUCUUUUUGGACAAAAUUCGAGAUAAAUUACCCAGCCAGCAAGUGGAUGAUAGUAUGGAAAUAGAAGAUGUGGGAGAUGGCAGUGGGGAGCUGGAUAUGGACAGAAAAGAUGAUAUUAACUCAAUGAUCAGACAGUGCAAAUUUACCAUGAAAUUAAAGAUGGUUGAAAGUGCUAGAAAACAGAACAAUUUCUCCGUUGCCAUGAAAAUUCUAAAGGAUCUUCACAGAGAGUCUAAAACCAGAGAGGAUUGGCUGGUGAAAUGGAUUCACAGUUAUUGCCGCUAUAGCCAUAGCCGCAGUCAAAGCCAGAGUUGCAGUGAGCAGAUACAAACUGUAAUGAGAACAAUCUCUUUACUAGAGGAAAGCAAUACACAAUAUCUGAACAAAAACCCUCGAGCAUGGCGAUAUCAAGACAUACUGCUAGGUACUACUUACAGAAUUAUGGCUGAUGCUCUUUGCAAGGAGCCACAAAGUCUCGAUCAGAUUGGUAAUUUGAGGGCUGAAAAAGUUAUAGAACUAUCAGAAUCCCCAGAAGAGGUGGCAGCUGGACUUUAUCGAAAGGCUCUCCGAUGCUUAACAUCAGCUGUUAAGAAGGCUACAGAAGAAGAGCAGUCUCUUUCAGCAGACAGCAUUGACAUCAAUGGGGUCGUAAAGUCAUAUAUGACUUUGGUGGAUUUUUGUGAUGCACAUCUUAGAAAAAUGAACUCGACAGCUAACAAAAUUGACUGCAAAGACUUCCCAGAAAUAGUUGUGGAAAAAAUGAUUAAAGCUUUAAAACUGAAUUCUAAGGAUGCUAGGCUUAAAUUUCCUCGGCUUCUUCAAAUUAUUGAGCAGUACCCUUCAGAAACACUGGAUUUAAUGGCAAAAGAGGUUUGCUCUGUUCCAUGCUGGCAGUUCAUUGGCUGGAUUAAUCAGAUGAUGGCAAUGCUUGAUAAAAAUGAAUCUCUGGCUGUGCAGCACAUCAUUGAAGAAAUUGCUGAUAAUUAUCCACAGGCCAUUGUUUAUGCAUUCAUGAUCAGCGGGGAAAGCUAUGUCUUUGAAGAUACUGUUUCUGGGCAUAAAAACAGGGAGUUUGUGGACAGGAUUAAGAAUAAACUAGAUAGAGAAGGAAUAGUUCAAGAUUUUAUCAAAGCUUUGGAACAGCUGUCUAAUCCCGCUAUGGUUUUGCAGGAUUGGUUUGAUGAUGUCUCUACAGAAGUCUUCAAAAGCAAACAAGACAAAAAUACAAUUAAGAAAAUAUGUAAAGAACUGUCUGCAAAUUUGUGGAGCCAAAGAGGCGCUUUUAUUGGAGGCUUUAGAAGGAAAUUUGCUGAGGAAUAUGGAAAGGAGUUUGAAAAACUCUGUGGAAAGGAAGGUUCAAAAAUUCUUGACACCAAAGCAGAUGCUUUUAGCAAGACUUUCAGACCAUUUUUAGACAAAAUAAGAAAUGAAUUGAAGGAGCCAGGCAAUUUAAAGGAGUAUUCCCCUUGGAUGAGUGAAUUCAAACCAGAAUUUUUACAGAAUGAACUUGAGAUUCCAGGCCAGUAUGAUGGCAAAUCUAAACCAAUGCCGGAAUACCAUGUAAAAAUUGCUGGGUUUGAUGAACGGGUGAAAAUUCAGAAUUCACUGAGGAAACCAAAACGAAUACUUAUUCAUGGCAAUGAUGAAAAAGAAUACCCGUUUCUUGUGAAAGGGGGUGAAGAUUUGCGUCAGGAUCAACGUAUUGAACAACUUUUCGAUAUAAUGAAUAUCAUCCUUUCCCAUGAUGCUGCUUGCAGUCAAAGACACAUGCAACUUAAAACUUACCAAGUGAUACCAAUGACAACCAGGAUAGGGCUGAUUGAGUGGUUGGAUAAUACGUGCACAAUGAAGGAUUUUAUUAUGAAUGCCAUGUCUGAAGAAGAACGUUCUAAAUACUUGAGGGAUAAAGGACCUAACAUGCAUUAUGUCAACUGGUUAGAUAAGAAGGAUAAGAUAGCGGGACCUGCUCAGCAUAUUUCUACAUACAAAAAUGCUGACCGUACGGCAACAGUCAGAUCAUUUAAAGAAAGAGAAUCACUUGUACCUAGGGACCUCUUAAGGAGAGCCUUUGUCAAGAUGAGCACAACUCCUGAAGCUUUUCUGGCUCUCCGCUCUCAUUUUGCCCGUUCACAUGCACUAAUCUGCAUCAGUCAUUGGAUUCUUGGCAUUGGGGAUCGUCAUCUUUCCAAUUUUAUGAUCAAUACAGAAACUGGUGGAAUGAUUGGGAUAGACUUUGGCCAUGCAUUUGGAUCUGCAACUCAGUUUUUGCCAGUACCAGAACUGAUGCCUUUCCGCCUGACUCGCCAGAUAGUUAAUUUGAUGUUGCCCAUGAAGGAAUCUGGCUUGUUUGAAAGUGUGAUGGUUCAUGCAUUACGCGCAUAUCGCACACAUCCAGACCUCCUCAUUAACACAAUGGAUGUGUUUGUUAAAGAACCCUCCUUAGACUGGAAGAAUUUAGAAAUGAAACAAAUGAAAAAAGGCGGACAGUGGAGAAAAGAAGUGGAUACAUCUUCUGUUAAUUGGUAUCCUGUCCAGAAAGUUAAUUUUGCCAAACGAAAAUUAGCUGGUGCAAAUCCAGCAACAAUCACAUGUGAAGAACUAAGGCUGGGUCAUGAAGCAUCCCCUUACUUUAAGGGAUUCAUCUCUGUUGCUCGUGGGGAUGAAGAGCAUAACAUAAGAGCAAAAGAGCCAGAUGACGGACUUCCUGAAGAGAACCAAGUCCAGUGCCUCAUUGAUCAGGCAACAGAUCCCAACAUACUUGGCAGAGCGUGGAAAGGAUGGGAGCCUUGGGUGUAAACAACUCAGAGAGGGGGAUAGACAGACCUUUUGUAAUUAAUAGAAACCUUGGAUUCUUCAAAUGUUAUCAUUCAAAUAAUAUAAUUUGUAGUUGUUUUUUUUAAUUGCACUACAAUAGAUUACAUUUCAAUACAAAAAUCAAGUUUACAAUAAUUAAAAAAUAUACAGAUUUGAACCUCUACCUGGAUAUUGAAUAUUAUAUGAUCCAAAUAUGUUUUCACUAUAACUGACAUUUAUUUCAACAAUGUCUUUGCUGUACUCUCAAUAAUGUAAAGAUAUAGAAUGUUGACAAUUGAACAUCUUGAAGAAAAAAAUUGUCAUUGCUUUGUCGGAUUUUGCACUUUUUUGCAUUAUAUUGUGUAUAUAUUACAGCUAAGAAAUAAUCUCAUAUUGCUUCAAUGUUUUGUCAUCCCUUCUAGUUUGUUUAGCUUGUUUUAUAGAAAAAACAAACAAAUACAAGCGCUAGUAAUGAAAAUCACACAAUAUAAAACUGUUGGCUAGUAUAGAGGAAAUGGUAACAAUCCCCAAUUGCCACAGUGUAUCAAAUCAUUAUACACAUAGAGAAAAUGAAUAAAAUAUAUCAGUUGAAAAUAAACCUAAAAUUAUUGUUACCAAUACCAAAUAUGUUUCAAGUCCCUCUGAAAUGUUAGUGGGAAAGGGAUAAAUGAAGUCAGCUCAAUGUAGCCACUGUGGUGAAUAUAAAUCCCUCCAUUGCGUAUCAAAUAUAGUCUCAAGUGCUGCUUGUAGUGAACCAAAACUUUCCUCCCUUGGUUGUGAUAAAUUCUGUAUAAAAAGAAUGAUUGCACUUACUAAAAACAAGUCCUGUAGCAACCGGGAGCCUGGGAUCCAACGCUGAGGUGGCAAGCUAUGUUAUAGCUAGGCCGACAGCAACCCACUACGGAUCCAUUUGUUUCAAGGCACAAAUCACUUGUGUUUUUAGUAAGUGCAAUCAUUUGUCUGGUGCACUUUUUAAUAAAUGAUCUUGAGUCUGAGUUGCGCUCUGUUUGCUUGUCUUAUGUAUUGCCUGGUACAGAGUGCAAAAGCACAUUGUACAGAACUGGGUUGAUGGAAGGAAUUUAGAAAUUAAAAACAUGUCACAAACUGAGUGUGUUGCCCUUAUGUUAUCUAAUAAAUUAUGCAACAUUUUCAUAACUGUUUUGAUAUUUUCUUUUGUACACAUAUAGUUAACAAUCUGGUUGGAGCAAAAUUAUUUGAAACUAUUGUCAAAUAAAUUACUGCAUUAAAAAUACAAUAAUAAAUAUGUGCACUAUGUAUGUCCUCCUUACACUGAACAAUGGAGUAGUUUAUUCAGUACUUUGAACCAUCGUACAAUAAUAAAAUCAAUUUAUUUAUCUCUAAA